AUGUUCGACAGUAGGGCAUCCAACGGAUAUGUGCCCAACUCUUCAAGAGGAUUCCGUCGAGUAACAGGUGGUUUUCCAGGGCAACCACAAAGGAAAUAUGAUCCUUAUUCGAGCAUGUAUAAUCCGGGAUGGAGGGAUCACCUCAAUCUAAGCUAUGGGAAUCCACAGAACCACCCAAGUUUCCCGCAGUGUCAUCCGACUUUUCAGCAAUAUCAGUCGCACCCCCUAGACAAUAGCCAGCCUAAACUUCUGAUUCAGGAGAUGAAACAAUUUCAGCAGAAGACAAGGGCCAGUGUCCAACGUUUGGACAAUCAGAUGGGCCAUAUGGCGACGACAAUUAAUCGGUUAGAGGCACAAAGUUCGUGGAAAUUACCCUCUCAAAUGGUUGUGAAUCCAAAAGAAAAUGUAAGUGUAAUCGUUUUGAGAAGUGGUAAAGAGGUUGAGGCACCAGCAAGGGCAGCCACCGCAUUGUCGAACCAAGAAAAGGAGAAAGACAUCACUCUAGAUGGUGAUGAAGUACCUAAGCGUAAAUUUCCACCUCUUUCUGAUUAUAAACCGGUACCUCUUUUCCCUAAUGCUUUAGCAGGAUCUAGACAAGAUGAGCAGUUUAAAGAUUUUUAUGAAACUUUUCAUAGAUGCGAGGCAAAUAUUCCCCUUUUUAAUGCUCUUAAACAAGUACCUCAUUAUGCUAAAUUUCUGAAAGAAUUGUGUAACACUAGAAUUGAGAAGGCCAUAUUAGACUUAGGAGCUUCUAUUAAUGUCAUGCCAUAUUCUAUAUAUGCUUUUCUGAAACUUGGACCUUUAAAUAAAACUGGUGUUGUGAUUCAAUUAGCUGAUAGAUCUAAUGCCUAUCCUAAGGGUGUAGUUGAGGAUGUUCUUGUACAAGUAAAUGAUUUGGUUUUUCCUACUGAUUUUUAUGUGCUUGAUAUAGAUAAUGGUGAUCAAACCACUCCUAUUCUGCUAGGAAGACCAUUUUUAAAAACAUCCAAGACUAAGAUAGAUGUUUAUAGUGGCACACUCACCAUGGAAUUUGAUGGUAAGAUUGUUAAGUUGAAUAUUUAUGAUGCUAUGAAAUAUCCUACUGAUGAUACACCUAUUUGUUCUCUUGAUGCGAUUGAUUCUUUGGCACAGGAAAUCUUUGAACUUAAUGAAAAGGAUGGAUUAGAAGUCUCCAUUAGUAAACAUCUUGAGAAAGAGGAGCCAAUGUUGAAUGCUGAUUUGCAGGAAACUGUUGCAGCCCCCAUUCAAGAAUUGAAGCCUCUCCCUAGCGACCUCAAGUACGUAUUCCUUGAAGACGGAGAGACAUUACCGGUGAUCAUCUCUAGUAGCCUUAGCGCACCACAAGAAGAGCAGCUUGUGCAGGUUCUCAAGGAGCAUAAGACAACUAUCGGUUGGAUGAUUGAGGAUAUCAAAGGAAUCAGCCCGUCUACAUGCAUGCAUCACAUCUUAUUUGAAGAGCAAGCAAAACCUUCCUGUCAACCACAAAGAAGGCUGAACCCACUCAUGAUGGAUGGAAGGGGAAAGCACCGGAAGUUGCAACCACAAGAGUUAGAGGAUCCAGUUUAUUGUGAUUAA